UUGCGCCCAUCAGCAUCUCAGUUCCCGAUCAUCGUGAGUCAGGAUGGUGGUACGCAAAGCGUAACGGACGUAAUAUCGAAAUUCGUUAACGAGAACAGCAAAAUCAGCUUCAUUCAUCACAAGGAGCAAGCGAAGCCACCUGCCGGAAUUGGAGCACAGAGUUAUUUUUAUAUUGCGCAACACUAUAAAUGGGCACUCAAUAAAGUUUUCUUCGAAAUGCACUACAAGACGCUUACAUUUUUUUUUAAAAAUUCCCUGAGUUUAGUUCAAAAUAUGCUUUUUUUUUUAGACGAUCUUGACAUAGCCGAUGACUUUUUCUCCUACUUCACUGCUUUGAAACCGGUAUUGAUCGCUGAUCCAACAGUCUGGUGUAUCAGAUGGAUGCUAACAGCAGAUCUGUGGAAGGAAUUGUCUAAAAACUGGCCGAAAAUUUAUUGGGAUGAUUGGAUGCGGCGGCAAGAUAUACGUAAAAACAGGGUCUGCAUUCGGCCUGAGGUUUCCAGAACAUCGCAUAACAAUAAUUUGGCUGGAAAGGGAUCGAGCGGGUAAGU